AUGCCCAAGAAACCAGCAGCGGGGGGCAAGGGCGCCAAGGGAAAGGGGGGAGCAGGCGACGACGAUAGUGGAUCGUCAAAGCCAACAAAGCUAAAAGCAGCCAACUCAAUAAAAGUACGGCAUAUACUGUGUGAAAAACACGGAAAGUGCAUGGAAGCGAUGGCGAAAUUAAAAGAGAAGCAGCCUUUCGAUAAGGUUGCGGAGCAAUACUCUGAAGACAAAGCAAAACAAGGCGGCUCACUGGGAUGGAUGGUGAGAGGCUCAAUGGUUGGAGCUUUCCAAGACGCUGCGUUUGCCCUUCAGCCGAGCACAGUUGGCAGCCCCAUUUACACAGACCCUCCAGUCAAAACCCAGUUUGGUUAUCAUAUUAUCAUGUCAGUAGAUGCUGUCCGAAGUCCGAACGCGCGCUUCUUCCCGUCCCCGCCGCUUCUCAUGGCGACCAUCUACUCUGUCCACAGCGGCUCCCCAGACAAGGCCGCGCCCCCCAUACAGCAACAUCGUCGCGCGAAUCCAGGAAUAUGUCUCGACCAGGUGUAUGACCCUGGAAGUGAAUCUGAAGCUUCACCUCCAAGGAAGCAAAGUCUGACCAGCUCCGAAUUGAGUUCUCUUAGCUCUGUGCAGGAUGCCAGCACGGAAAGUCUGGGUGACGCUGAGAUGGGAGCGGUGCAUACUGAGAGAAUUGAGACGGAAGAUGUUUCUGGAGAGGAGUCCUCCCAAGCCAUAACCGUAGAUGAUGAUGGUGAAGUGAAGGACGACCCGGGCGAGACAACAACGGUUCAAGACGAUAGCCCAAUGGAAGACGGUACCGAACAGGAGACUGAACCAGCGGUAGAAGAUAGCACGCAGGGAGCGCGAGGCGAAUCCGGCACAGGGACAUUGCCAGAUCCUCCAAAGGGAACUGUCGCAAAACGCCGCUCGUACCUCGCUGAAGCCCCAACAACCAAGAAGACGAGACUUCAGUCGCAAAGCCCACAUUACAACGCCAUCGAUCAAGAAACUAAGGAAGAGAUGGAGGACUUCUAUCGCGUCUUCCCCAAGCUGUGGGAGAAUUAUCGGCUAGUUAAUAAAAUUGGAGAAGGAACGUUUAGCUCUGUGUAUAAAGCCCUUGACUUGCAACAUUGUGCGUACGAUAAUAGUCGAUGGGCGACGUAUCAAGCUUUGGCGGAUUCCGAAGACGAUGACGGCGAUACAAAACAGCAGAGACGAAGAGUACCUGCCGUCGCCCUGAAGCGGAUUUAUGUGACAAGCAGCCCUCAGCGAAUUUUUAACGAAAUUAAGAUCUUGCAUAUCCUGAGUGGACAUCCGAAUAUAGUUCCGAUCAUCACGGCGAUGAGGCAUGAAGACCAGGUGGUCGCCGUUCUGCCUUACUUUCGUCAUCUUGAUUUUCGCGAUUACUAUUUGACGAUGACCAUGGAUCAAAUCCGAGACUACAUGCGCUGUUUAUUACGAGCGUUGGAACACGUUCAUAAACAUAAAAUCAUUCACCGCGACGUGAAGCCCAGUAAUUUCCUGUAUCACCCAAAGCUUGGCACUGGGGUUCUAGUAGAUUUCGGACUAGCGCAGAAAGAAGAGACGCGCGCGAAGGGUAAGAAUGAUGGAGCGACCAAGGAUAAGCCAGUCGUCCCCAGAUCGAGAGGCAGUCGACCACUCGGGUACAUUGUAAACGAUCCACGCCCAAGUGUGCGGGCAAACCGUGCGGGCACAAGAGGAUUUAGAGCUCCGGAGGUUUUGUUCAAGGUCGUCAAUCAAACAUGUGCCAUUGAUAUGUGGUCUGCAGGCGUCAUACUCCUCUGUAUAUUUACGGGCCAUUUCCCUUUUUUCCAAUCCAAUGAAGACCAGGAGGCGCUACUGGAGAUAGCACACAUAUUUGGCAAAGUUGCGUUGAAAGAAGUCGCGACUUACUUCAAACGGCGCUUUGAAACGAACAUUCCUUCGGUUGGUCAAGCCAUGUCCUUUGAAGACAUGUGUUGGAAGCUUCACAGCAAGCGAGCAAUGGAAAUCCCGCCAGAGGGAUUUGACCUAUUGCGGAAGUUGCUAACCUUAAACCCGGAACAGCGAAUAACCUCAGAGGAGGCCGUUAAACAUCCGUUUCUGGAUGACCGAGAAGCACAGGAGCGACUGUAAUUUCAUGACCGGACAGUGUGUGAUUCCGUAUUUAACAUGUAGAUAGGCACAUUUCACUGUACAAAUAGCUUAAGCAUUACGGGCUUAAUUGAGCUCGCAUAAUAUGUACAAAGAUGAUUCAGGACGAUGUUCAUUUUCUCAAUUUUGUAGC